AUGUCGGGUAGUCGAACACACAUCGACAACUUCACUGUACCGCCUGCCCCUGGCGCUUAUCUAGCUGGGCAACGCCGACGAGAGAACCGGGCAAGUGAAGCGUACAGGUAUGGUGAAAGUUACUGCACAAGGAGGGCGAAGCCGCGUAUCGAGUGGUUAAGUCCUCUACUGACACCAUCAUCGACGCUGAAGGUGAUGGCGAAGGUCGACAAACGCGUCCAAGCCAUUAUACACGCUGCACAGCAGGCGUUGAAGCAUCUCCGAGACAGAACUGAAGUGCCUCGAAAACUAGCGAUCGAAAUUGACGGCCACAUCAGAAACUCGCUCUCAACAUUAAACCCUUCACUAGUGGCGAGCCGAGUCGAUGAAAUCGAUGCUUAUGGGACCGAUAUCUGGAAUGCCGCCGCCGAUAUCAUCCACGAGGACAAAGAGCCACGCGAGCCACGCUCCCAGGCUGCGAGUGUGGUGUCUGUCGGUGUCUCACUUCGCGUCUUCUCUCUUUUGUUGCUGGAUCUUUCUCACUGCGCUUCUUCUCGCCGCACCAAAAACCCUGCUCAACAGGUGCGGCUGUUCAAGGUAUCCAACCGCACGGCGAAGCUUUGUCUCGAGAGAAAGCAGCUCGAUCUGUCAGUAACCGCGCUGGAGGUCGGCUCAAAGCAUAUUUCGCGGCUAGCCGAACCAGGCCCUCUAGUGGAAUUCAGCAGCACCGACGGACCGCCUUUGAGCGCGCAUGAAGUCUCUAUGAAGUCUUUGGAAUGCGAGUACUACUUACUCCGUAUUCUACAUGCAUGGAGGUCGGAACGUCGUGAUCUUGCCGAUCACUUCUUUCAUUCUUGGACUAAAGUCCAUAUGCCUGAAGGUUCUCCUAGGAUCGAUGCGUCCGUCAAGGCUGCUGACUUGUUCUACGAAUUCGCGCGACAGCUCACCAAGAAAGGUGACGCUGAAGUCGCAGCAAAGUGGUACGAUCGGGCUCUGACUGCUCUGUGGGAUGGUGAUCCCGAACUGGCUGGACAUGACAGUGGCGAGCUGUUGACGAGCAUCGCUGUUGCAUAUGUGGAACAAUUGUUGAAAACUGGACAGAAUCUAUCGUGCAUUCGCACCCAAGAGAUCGUCGCUCAGCUCGAGAGUUGCCACUGCCUCAGCAAUCGGUUGUCCAUACCAGUGCUCAAACUUCGCGUCCUGGUCAACGUGAAGCCAAUCCAGCCUGAGGAGCUCAAUAGAGCCCUGCUUGGCAUCAUACGGCUCUCAGUCCUAACAGAGGAAAAUUUCAAGAUGAUCAUGCAGACAAUGCGCAAAGCCCAUGAGGUACUACCGGACGUUGCCAUUGCCGCUUUGCAGACAUUUAUAUUGGAAAGGCUAUUGCCCGAAGUGUCGAGCGUGCAUAGCGUCCUCGAUCAGGUCAACGAGUGGCUCGAAAAGGCGAGUAUUACCUACACGUUAUACGCAACGACCCGCAUGGUUUCAUCUGGAGAGAGUCUCGUGGAUGGGCUCACACUGCUGUUCGACAGUCUACAUGAACACGCUGCUGCGCGGUUCACUUCGAAGGCUACGCACGCUGCACAGACUCUCAUAUGGAAAGCCACCUCCUUACCAGACUUCACUGUCGCUCAGCAGUGCUGCCUGCUUCUACGGCACCCUCUCUUUGACAACGCAGGCAACACCAAUAAGGGUCGCAUUGCGCGGAAGUUGAUGCGAGCUGCACUUGACGCCAAAGACUUCCCCGAGGCACGUAAGCUGUUUCUGGAGUUGCCGACUGAAGUGCGAAACGAGCCCGCAACGCGAUACUCUGCUUUCCAGCUCGCACUACGCGAGGGCGAUAUGAAUUUGGCAGAGGAAAGCCUCCGCGUGGUGCUCAAAAGCUCUGGCACUGAUCCUACGUACCUUUACGCAUGCGUGCUGGAUGUGCAACAGCAGCCGAAAGUGAGGCAAAUGGCUGUAAUUGCACUGAAGGCAGUUUUGCAACAGAGACCGCCGGGAAUCCAGCUUAGAUCGCUCCUCCGUUGCAUGGCGAGGUUGCUCAUCGCUGAAGCGAAUAAUCCAGAGUUGGACGCAGGCGUCCUUGCCGAAGAAAUAGCCGCAAUAUUUGAAAUGGCCGCUGGCAGCAUCAAGGAAAUCCGCAAAUGUCCUCCUGACCAGUGGCGAGUAGAAGUGCUGUGGUGGAGCAAGAAUGCGUACAAUUUGGCUAUACAGCUUUGCUCUACCAUCGAUCCUCGACAGCUUCUUCGGAUACUCUCUGCGUGUACCGCAUUUAUGAACGAGAUCCCGACCGAUGCAGGACACAUGCAUGCGGAUGACCUGGUGUCUCUCCUCGGCCGCUCGAGCUUUCAAGAUGCGGCAUGCGCAAAAGACUACUUCACACAAGCACUACGGGACAUAGCCAUGUUCGGAGCGCUGCAGCAGACUGUCAAAAGCAACGACGAGGCCAGUAGUGCUCGAACUUUCACCAUGACCAAAUUCGAGCUGGAGUGCAUCCUCCAACUUCGACAGUGGAACCUCCUCGACGAAGUGUUGCAGAGAUGCCUUGAAAUGCGCACAGCAGGCCGAUGGGACACGUUGGCAGAUCUGAUCAUCGUCAUCUCUGAGCACCUCGACUCUAGUGAGCAGACUGCUCAUACAUCAUUGAUCACGCAGCUCCUUCAGAAGAUCAUCAAUGAAAGUUGGAAGAAGGAAAAGGACAUAGUCCAAGUUUCGCGAUGGCUUCGCUUUGCCUUCAUGCUGUGUCUCCAUCAUGAAGAGGGCAGCUUUGCCAGGAAGCUUCUCGACCAAGCUUCUCGCAUGGCAGAACAUGGACAAGCGGGCAAGUAUGGCGCUUACCCAGAAGCAGAGUUACAGUGGCUUGCCACGACUGGUUUCAACCAUGCUAUCGAUCUCGUCGCGGACGAUAAGCUAGAUGAUGUAAAAGCAUGGCUCGAUGCUGCAGUGGAAGUGGCGAGAUGGACGCAAGACAAUGGCGCGAUGCACGCCAUCCUCAGCGAGAAACGGGAAACUGCGUUGAAACGUAUCAGACGCGGCCAGAAUUAA